AUGCCUCCAUCCUGCGGCAGCCGCUCCGGGGCCCUGCUGCUGGCCUUGCUGCUUCAGGCCUCCAUGGAAGUGCGUGGCUGGUGCCUGGAGAGCAGCCAGUGUCAGGACCUCACCACGGAAAGCAACCUGCUGGAGUGCAUCCAGGCCUGCAAGCCGGACCUGUCAGCUGAAAGGCCCGUGUUCACCGGCAACGGCGAGGAGCAGCCACUGACUGAGAACCCCCGGAAGUAUGUCAUGGGCCACUUCCGCUGGGGCAGGUUUGGCCGCCGAAACGGCAGCAGCGGUGGCAGCACGGGGCAGAAGCGCGAGGAGGAGUUCGCGGAGGGCGAUGUCGGCGACGUGCUGCCUGCGGCUGGCCCCGGGUCACGCAGCGAUGGCGCUGAGCCGGGCCUGCGCGAGGGCAAGCGCUCCUACUCCAUGGAGCACUUCCGCUGGGGCAAGCCAGUGGGCAAGAAGAGGCGCCCGGUGAAGGUGUACCCCAACGGCGCCGAGGACGAGUCGGCCGAGGCCUUCCCCCUCGAGUUCAAGAGGGAGCUGGCUAGGGAGCGGCGCGAGCCGGCACGCGGCCCCCAAGGCCCUGCCGAGGGCGCAGCGACCCGAGCCGACCUGGACUACGGCAUCAUGGCAGAGGCUGAGGCAGCGUCAGCCGAGAAGAAGGACGAGGGGCCCUAUAAGAUGGAGCACUUCCGUUGGGGCAGCCCGCCCAAGGACAAGCGCUACGGCGGCUUCAUGACCUCUGAGAAAAGCCAGACCCCUCUCGUGACGCUGUUCAAAAACGCCAUCAUCAAGAACGCCCACAAGAAGGGCCAGUGA